UGGUGCUGUUUUUCAAUUUAUUUGCAUUUUCGCGAUUCUACAAUUUCGCUAAUGAAUAUUUAUGUUUAAUUGAAAACUUAAAUAAGAAUCGUCAAACAUAACCUGAUAAUAAAUAGUAUUAACUGAAAUGUCAUUAAAUUAGGUGUAUUAUAAGUUAACUAUUAAAUUAAGCCAACAGUUACGAGAAUGUCGAAUAAAGAUUUGAAGAUCGGGCAGCGUGUAGCAGUUGUGGCAAAGGAUGUUAAGGGUACUGUGGCAUAUGUGGGCUAUCCAACUUUUGCUUCAGGGAAGUGGAUCGGGAUUAACCUUGAUGAACCUAAGGGCAAGAAUAAUGGAACCGUUCGUGGACAUUUUUAUUUUGAGUGUGAAGAAAAUUGUGGAAUGUUUGUACGUCAAACACAACUUCAACUGCUGGAUGCAGAUGACAAUCCAAUGGAGACACCCAUGAGUGCAUCUAUGGAGGAUGUCAAGCCUACAGCUCCUAACCGAAGACUGAGCAGUAUAACAGUCGCGCAGAGAUCUAGACCAACCACGGUACGACGGAAGGCGUCCCCCGCUCAAUCUAAGGCCGGCACGCUGUCUAUAUCGAGUUCUCGGACUUCGCUUGCGAGUAGCAGACAGUCGCUGGCUUCCUUCUUGUCUCCGUCCACGGAGCGAGCUUCCACUCCAGACCUGACUGUGAAGCGGGCUUCGUUCGUUGAGACUGGAUUUGUGGAGACCCUGACUCCUCAGUUCACGCCAGGACAGAGUAUGACUUCACCGCAACCAAACGCUGCAGCGGUGGAAGAGAAACUGGCCAACUUGCAGGCACAACAAGAGAUAACAAACCUGAAGGCGGAAGUCGAAGACCUCAAGGAGAAACUGGAGACACUCAGGAUGCGCAGAUCCGAGGACCGGGAGAAGUUGCGGGAGCUGGAGCGGGUCAGGUUACAACUGGACCAGGCGAACGAGUUUAAGGCCAAGAUUAUGGAGUCGCAGGCCCAACUGCAGAGGGAUUUACAAAGAGCCAAGCAAGAGGUCCGGGAAGCCCAAGAAGCUCUAGACCUCCACAACGACGAGACAGCUGAGCUCCAGGAGGCGGCUGAGAUGGCAGCGCUUGAUAAGGAGAUGGCGGAAGAACGAGCGGAAUCAAUUCAGAUGGAGCUUGAACAGUGCCGGGAGAAGCUGGAGGAAGCCACCCUGGACUUGCAGCUCAUGAGGGCUGAGAUGGAGGCCUCAGGAAACACACAGCACCCGAACGCAGUGAGCGGCGGCGCCACGGGCUAUGAGGUCCGGCAGCUGCAGCAGCAGAACGUGAGGCUCAAGGAGACGCUGGUGCGGCUGAGAGACCUCACCGCGCAGGACAAACACGAGAUGCAGAAGGUGCUGAAGGACUUGGAUCAGUACAAAUCUGAGAUAGCCGAGCUGAGCCGGACGAAGGAGAAACUCUCGGCCAGGGUCGAGGAGCUGGAGGCACAGGUGGCUGACCUCCGGGAGCAGGUGGACGCCGCGCUCGGCGCUGAGGAGAUGGUGGAGCAGCUGGCUGAGAGGAAGAUGGCACUGGAGGAUCAGGUGGAACAGCUGAAGCAAGACGUCCAGGAGCUGGAGGCUCUGCAGGAGGUGCACGAGCAACUGGUGGAGUCGAACCGGGAGCUGGAAAUGGACCUGAGGGAGGAGUUGGAGAUGGCUCAUGCUGCAACGAGAGAGUGUGCGCGUGAAAGAGAGGCUGCCUUGGAAACAAUAAUGGACAGAGACAGCACGAUAGUGAAGUUUAGGGAGCUGGUGCAGCGAAUGACAGAACAGUACAAUGAGCUGAAUGCACAGAUCAACUCGAAACAAGGAUCGUCGGCUCUGGAGAGUGAUCAAGAGCAGCCGAGCCGGUCGCCACCAGAGUUGGGUUCGCUGGUGCAGCAGUCCCGCGCGUCCACUCGCUCCAUCGACCUGCAGCUGCGAGCUCUGGAGCUGAGCCAGGCGAGGACCCGGGCCGAGAUGCUGGCCGCCUGUCUGCCGGACCACAUCAUGGCUAGCGGAGGUGACCACGACGCCAUUUUGUUUAUCCUGUUGCUGCAACGACUGAACACUAAGGCCGAAAUAAUCCUGGGACAGAUACGCGAAAGAUUCCCGGCGGUGAAUGUGUGGGACCGCGAGGCUAUCACUAAGAGUCAUACCGCGGUGCAGUACAGCUUCCGUUGCCAGCUGGAGUACCAGCUCCUCAUGAUACAGUGCAUGGUUUCGAUGUGGAGUGGUGCUCUGGAGAUCUGCACUCCUGAAGUCCUUCUGCGAGCAGCUUCCGCGUUGCCUGACGCUGCCCUGCAGGAGAGAGCGCUCGACGGAACCGCUCAUCUGCUAAAGACAAACGAAUUGGAUGAAAAUUGCUCGCUGGAUGGCCUGGAGCGCUGCUGGUCGUACCUGGCCGCCAUGUGGUCUGCGCUCAACAUGGGCGGGGUCGAGGGCGCCGCGUGCGGCCGCGACGUGGUGCUUCACUCGUGCGCUGCGCUCGACGCGUUGGCGAGGGCCGCGCACUCUGACGUCACAGCGCUCUCGCACAUACUACAGCCAUCGGAACAGAACAUGGAGCUGGGAGAGCUGCACGAAAGUAUAAAGACGACCUGUUCGUCGCUUCAGCAGCAAUUGAAGUCGAUACGGCGCAGGUUACCACCUGGCGUCAGCCUGCAUAACCUGCCAUUGGACCAGAAGCUGGUGGAGCGGCUCCGCGGCGAGAGUGCGAGUACGUUCUCCCGAUGCGCGCGGUGCGUGUCUCUGGUGGCCCGAGCGGCGUGCGCGGCCGCCGCCACCGCGGGCGAGAGGGCGGAGCCUGCGCCGCUGUCGCACGCCACGCUGCAGGCCAUCUGGGGCGCCGCUAGCGCCAACGUGCAGCUGGAGACACAGGACGACCUCGGGCCAGCGAAGGCGAUGAAGCAACUACUGUCCGCAGUGAGCAGUGACGUGAACAAGUUUGCUGCGUUCACACAGGACAAGGAGUAUGACGUCAUGUCGCUGACGAACGUCGCGCAGAAUAAGCCGACACCGCCAAUAGUGAAACGCGCUCAGCUGGUGAAGAAGCAGCUGGAGGAAACCAAGACCCUGACGAUACGGCUGGAGAAGAAGGAAGCUGAGUAUAAGGAGUUGAAGAAAGCGGCCAAGGGUUACAAGGAGGAGCUAUCAGAGAUGAACAUCCGCAAGGAGUUGGGUGAGAAGAAGCUGACCACGGCGGUGAGAGACGCCGAGCUAAAGAUAGAUCAGCUGCAGAGGAAACUUGACGAUGCGCUGAACCAGAUUAAGAGACAAGAGAAGGAGUUUGACGAGACCCUGGAUCACCUGCAGCAGGAUAUUGAGUCGCUGGAGGACGAGAGAGGCGCUCUGCGGGAGAAACUGAAGCUGUACGGGAAGAGAGGCGGAUCACAUCAUGCCGUGACAUCUCCCGUGUCUUCUGUUCGAGAGUACUCACUAUCUCCAGCGCCUGCCAUCAAAGAAGCACAUGAACCAUCGGUGAAGGUGUCAUCUGGUGUUCCGUCUGGCGAGGUUAACGAAGCUCUCCAGCAUCAACUUAAGGUCCUCAGUUGGCGAGUGGAGCGCGAACGUGCGGCGCGAGUGGAGGCGUGUGCGCGAGCUCAGCGGGCGGCCGUGCGAAGCCUGCGACCGUUGCAGAACCCGGCCUCGCACGCUGCAAUGGCGCGGAGAGCCGCCGCCGGCAAACUAGAGGCGGAGCUGUCCAAGCUGCAGGCGGAAUGGACGCUGUUCGUAGCGCGCUCUGGCCUUGUGAAGUUCCCAGACGAACCCAGCAAAUACGCUCGGGCGCUGCAGCAGCAUAAGGAGAAGCAGAAGAUGAUCAGGAGUCAGCUCGAGGAGAGGUUGUCGUCACUUCAAGCGGAGGCUCGUAACCUACUGUCCCUCCACAGGCCCUGGCGAUGCGUUGAGUCCGAUCUCGUGGAGUUCCCGUCACCGGAAUUAACUGCAGCACUCUCGGGAAAAGCCUUAGACAUCGGCACCAUCAAGUAUCCAGCGGUGGGGAAUGCACCGUCCGAGGACACCAUCUAUGUAACGCCUACUCAGCUCGCAAUGUUACGAGAGCUGGUGACAGAGUUAAAGUCUGAUGAGGUCCACUUGGAUCUAAAGCCCUUGGACGCGACCGUUUGUGCAGCCUAGACUAAUUUAACAUCAAUUUAAAUUCAAAUAUUUCUAAACAAUAUGUUAUGUUUUUAAAGUGAUAACCCUCACUUCUACGAUCAAUACACAAAUAAAAUUUGAAAAACAAAAUUUUAUAAACGAUGCUGGACUCGAACCCACGACCUCUGGCGUUCCGUGCCGGUGCUCUAACCAACUGAGCCAACCGUUCGAGUAACGGAGCGUUAUAAAAUCUUGUUUGCUUUGUUCAACUCUCAGGUUGUGGCUUCUGGUGGAGGUCGUUGGUUCGAGUCCCGCAUCGUUCAUAAAAUUUGGUUUUUCAAAUUGUAUUUGUCAAUUAUUUCUAUUCAAAAAUAGGAUUUAAAAUCACUUAUUGAACGUCUCAAACUAUCACCCAAUCGAAAUAGACUGCCUCCGUCUUGAAAAGAACGGGCGCAAAAACUCAGCGGGCUUUUUUUUUCAUAAAAAUUAUGGUUGCAAAUUACUAUGUUAUAUUGUACAAUAAAUAUUUAUAAUUAACAGCCUGGGGGUGUUCGCUCCUUUCCCAGUCUGCGGUAUGAGGGAAAUCAUUUAUGUUAUAAUAACCUUUACCACACAAACGUUUUUAAAAAUUCUUAAUUAAGUGAUACAUUUGUUUUGUACAUUUUCUGGGAUAUUGUUGUAAAAUCAGAUACAUUGCCCAACAAAACACUAACCCGAUACGUUGGGGGUAUAGGUACCUAAAUUAUGUGGUGGUUUUCGUUCCUCUCUUACUCCCUUGUGGUCUAAGUGCCCGUGGACCCCAGACCUACGUCAUUUUAUAAAAGCUGAAACCUUUUCAGCGCAUGCUCCCAACACAGGUAAGAACGAUGGUCCAUUAUGGAGUUUGGGUUGCAGUGGCUUUGGCAGGUAAACGUUAUAUUAUAUUUAAAAAUCACGUUAUUCAUUGCCAGACACUUGUCAAAAGUGUAGUAUUAUAGACAACAGACGUUGUCCUGUACACACGUCUUAAAUUUGAUAAAAUCUGUCCAGCCGUUAGGAGGAGUUCACUAACAUACACACCUGCUCAUGAGCAGGAGAAUUAUAUUAUAUGGACGUAAUUGAGAAUCUAAACCAAUCUCAAAUUCACUGAAACAAACAAAAAGUCAUCAAAAUCGGUCCAGCCGUUUAGGAGGUAGUUUAAUUGGGAAUCUAAACCAUUCUUGAAUCCACCCGAAGACACACAUCAAUCUCAAAUUCACUGGAACACACAAAAAUCUCAUCAAAAUCGGUCCAGCCGUUCAGGAGGUAGUUCAAUUGUGAAUCUAAACCAUUUUCGAAUCCACCUGAAGACACACAGAAAGUUUCAAUAAAAUCGGUCCAGCCGUCUAGGAGGAGUUCAGUGACAUACACACGCACACAAGAAUUAUAUAUAUAAAGAUCAGCUUUAAUACUAUGACGUAAGAAAAUUAUAAUUUCGUGACCAUUAAGGGUGUCUGGCAAGGGGUUGCCACGAUGGUAACUGUAUGGCAAUGAAUAACGUGAUUUUUAAUAAUAUUCUGAAGGUAGUACUGAAAAAUCGCACUUUAUUCUUCGAUGUAUUUAGAUCGGUAUUUUACACACCUUUAGUACCAUUUACCUGCCAAAGCCACUGCAGCCGAAACUCUAUAAUGGUCCAUCGUUCUUACCUGUGUUGGGGAGCAUGCGCUGACAAACUUUUAGCUUUUCUAAAAUGACGUAGGUUUGGGGUCCACGGGCUCUUGCUCUAUUGAUCGUGAAAUGUCGUGAGAUUUUGCUCACAUGUGAUUUUGAUGAGAAAUCUCACGUAAGAUUUUUUAAUAUACGUGUUUGAAAUGUAAAUAAGUCUAUAUUGCGUAAUAUAUCUUUUUUUAAGACUAUUAACUAAUACAACGGGUAUAGCAUACCUUUAACUAUAUGUAACUUACAAUUUUCAGUAUAUCUUUGUGUAUUUAUUAGGUUGUAUUGCGGUAAACAAUAUCAUACACGUGAGAUUUUAUGGGAUUCGGUUCUAUCCCCUCGCCCCCCAAGAUGGACGCCCCCCUACAUGGAAGCCCCCCCUUAAUGUAUAAAAUUCGUUUCUUUUGGAACGGAAACUAAAUGUAUUCGGAUCAGUCAUUAUUAAAAUAAAAAAUACAGGAUCUCACCUUUAGUAUAAUAUCACGGUAAGCGACGACUACUACACAUCACUACACUACAGACGCGCGAGGUGAGGUGUGCGGAAAGCGAGGGGAGAUUCUCCCGCUGUUUACCACAGGCCCCGAAUGCAUUCAACUCGCGCGAUAUCUGUAGGCGUGGGGUCAUGAAAGAUGCUUACGUUGUGACUUAUAACAUUGUGAAUUAUGAAUGAAUCUGUUCUUUUUAAUAAUAAUAAUAAUAAUAUUUUUUUAUUUGCGAAAAACUGCCACCAAAUUUUUUACAAGUACAAUAGAUAUGAACAAUUAACAUUAUAUAAAGAAAAGAAAAAGUAACAAUGCAAACGUUAAAAAACAAUAAAGAAAGAGAUAUUAAUGCUUUAAAACAUGUAAGGAUUAUUUAAUAACUAGAAUUAUAACAAACGAGGCAGCAGCGCGAUUCGCAAAAAGGAAAGUUCUCAGCAAACGUUACGACGUAUUUUCCUAACACAGAUAUUAUGUACUUCCUAUAUUUUUUUUCCGUGCAAGCUAUUUAGGCGGAGUAAUGUGUGAAAAAAUAAUUAUAAUAUUUAAAUAUUUAUGGUAUCCUAUAUCAAACAAAGCUCAGAACUUAAUAAAUUUAUAAAUCUGAAAAGAAAAUGUCACGGAAAUGACACUUAUGAAUGUAAAAAAAGGCUGCAUCAUCCACACACAUCUGUAAAUAAAUAAAGGUAUUCUGUGAACAUUUUAUAUGCGAUUAUAUACUAUAUUCUCUAUAUAAUAUAUUAUUCUCUAUAUAACUAUAUAUAGAGAAUCUAAAUAUAUAUAUAUAUAUAAUGUCGUUCGAAUUAGUUCUUUUGUGUGUGCAAAUAUUUUAGACAUUUAAAUUUAACCAUGAUUUGAUAUUUUCGUGGGAUAAUUUAUUUUUGUCAUUUUUUUUUAUAUUAGUAAUUUUUAAAUUAUUGAUGUAAAAUUUAUUUUGAAUAUAUUAUUUAACACGAUCGACGAAUUACUUAAAUUUAUUUGUAAAAUAAAAAUGUAUUUUAUAAUAGCUGUAAUUUUCAUAGCAUUCCCUUUUACUAGAAGUAGCUACUUUUUAUAUAGGUGAAAUACUAAUUUUUAUAUAGUUUUAGCGCAUAUGCAGCAAUUUGAAAUAUGAAAUAUAAAUUAUGUUUUAAUUUGUUUCCGAAUGCUUGACAUAAAUAAUUGUGAAAAUGAAAAAUGAAUAUGUGUAAUUUAAAUUUAUUUAUUAUUAAUUAAAUAAUAUCAUGGCAUUAGAAAUAUAUACCACGUUCCAACAAUUCUCGUUGUUACGAACUUAGGCGUUUUACUACACGCAAAAUGGGGGCGUUUCGAAUAAGUUUGUGUGUACUUAUGUAUGCACGCAAGAAGUUUGGCCAUCUUGGGCUGUUUUGACAUCUUUGGCCUAACAAAGCAAAAAUACUUCAGAUUAAUUAUUCCUCGUGCUAUUCUAAGUUUGUACAAAGAACGAUAAUGUAAAAAUCUUGCAACGAUGGCUUUGACAAUUAAAUAACGAAUACGGCUGUACGGCUUGAAUCCUUUACCUAUGCUAAAAAUGGACGAAGAAACCCAAAACAAAAAAAAACGUAUGUCGCAAACGUCAGAAAAUUUUAGGAACUAACUUCACCCCUCUUACUUUUGUGUUACAGUAAUGCGCGCGCAUCUUAUAAUUUCACUCUCAUAAUUUUUUCAUAACGCGCCUAAAGAAGUAUAACUUCAAUAAUUCUCAAAAUAUAUCCCUAUAAGAAUACUUGUUCGUACGAAAUUUCGUAAUGUAGGUAGCCUUCCAUUUUAUCUUUCGUAGAAAGUGACUUGACUCUGUGUAGCUGUCAGUUCCUGUUGCUCUAUAUAUUUUAGUCUAUGGUCAACAAGGGGUGCGUCCACACUGUUCUAGAUGCAAUGUCUAAAAUGAGGAUGUUGGGUACUGCUUGUAAUUAUUUAUUGUAAUUAAUAAACGCUUGUUAAUCUGAA